AUGACUUUUGGUAAUCCUAAGCAGUGGGCCAAGUGGUUACCCUUAGCGGAGUGGUGGUACAACACCAACCACUACAGUUCACUCAAGUGUACACUUUUUCAAGCUUUAUAUGGGUUCCCUGCUCCUCAAGUUCCAGUGGGGUCAUUACCCAUUUCUACUACUACUGAAGUGGGUUCUUUUAUUGCUCAGAGGCAACUACUUCUACAGCAACUGAAGGACAAUUUGGGUCAAGCCCAGGCUCGUAUGAAAUUCUAUGCGGACCAAAACAGAUCUGAUAGGGUCCUAGAGGUGGAAGACUUGGUUUAUCUCAAGCUCCAACAUUAUCGUCAGUCCUCCGUUACAGUUUGUCGCAAUCUAAAGCUAAGUGAAAAAUAUUAUGGUCCCUACAAGAUACUACAGUGCGUGGGUGCGGUUGCUUAUCGGGUAGAACUUCCGACGGGAUCCCGAAUUCACCCCGUCUUCCUCGUGUCGCAGCUCAAACAUCGUGUGGGCCAAUCUAUCGUACCCCAGCAGCUACCACUGAGUUGUGGGUCAGAUGGCACCAUCUUAGUGCAACCUGCUGCGAUCUUGCAACGGCGCAUGGUGAAGGUGAACAACGCCGUCAGUGUCAAGGUAUUGGUUCAAUGGGAGAAUUUAGGGGUCGAUGAAGCCACUUGGGAGGAUUGGGGUAUGUGCGGAGUCAAUUUUCGGAGUUUGUGGCACGAUUAG